GUCAUCUUCACAUCUAACUAUUAUAGUUGUGUUCUCAAAAUUUGUUUUGAAAUUUUAAAUAACAAAUAGUGUCUAAUUCAAAAUAUAAUAUCUUAGACACUUUAUCUUUAAUUUUUGUCUCGCUUAUAUACCUGUGUUAAUUUCAAGAAAUUUUAUUGACAACAUGGAGCAAGCUAUACAACAAAUUGCCCAAACAAUGGAGCGACAGCUUGAUUUUGAGCUCGAAAAGCUAGAUGCUCUGGAUAGUGGUGACCUUGAAGCUAUUCGUCAACAGCGCUUGAAUGAGAUGAAACAGCGUGCUAAGCAAAAACAAGAGUGGCUGGCUAAUGGUCAUGGUGAAUAUACAGAGAUAGAUGGAGAAAAGGAAUUCUUUACCGUAUGCAACAAGAGUGAGAACCUGGUAUGCCAAUUCUAUAGGCAUGAUUCCCCUAGGUGUCGCAUAUUUGACAUGCACCUUAAGAUAUUGGCCAAAAAACAUGUCGAGACUCGAUUCAUAAAGAUGGAUGCUGAGAAAGCACCCUUUUUAACUGGCCGUCUCAAAAUACGUGUUAUACCAACUCUUGCAUUAGUGAAAGCAAAUAAGACAAAGGAUUUUGUGGUCGGCUUCACUGAUCUUGGUAACCGAGAUGACUUCUCCACAGAUAUGCUUGAGUGGAGGAUCGCCAGAUCAGAAGUGAUAGAAUAUUCUGGAGACAUUCUGACACCACCUACUGAAGGUAAAAAGAAGUCUGUCCAUAUCCAAAGCAAGAAGGCUAUAAGGGGAAGAAAGGACUCUGAUUCAGAUCUUAGUGAUUGAGUUCUGUUAAUAAUGUUGAAAUUUUGGUACAUUUAUAUACACUAAUGCUUAUUUAUAUAGAGCCACAAGCUUAUUACUGAAUUAGAAUUAUAAGUGAAUAAUUUUUAAGAAAUUAUUUGAUGUGGCCACAGGCUCACUCAAAGCCUGUUGUUUAAGAUUCUCUAGAAAUUGGAAAGUGAUUUCAAUAGCUUUAUUGAAAGUCAUAUUUAACAACAUAUAUUUUGAAUACUAAAUUGCCACCAUUAUUUUUAAAUUUUGUAGUCUGUAUGCUGUGUUGGGAGAAAAAAUGUUUUUGCUUGUAUUUACAAAUCCUUGUAAUGUAAAAGUAAUGUUGGAUAUUUUGGAAUAUUGUAAAUUUUACAAGUUAAUAAAUUAAAAAUAUAAUUCGCUUUUUAUUUUUUUACCACUAUUAUAGGUUAGUAGGCACAGGCGUAUACCAAUUUUCUUUUUAAAAAGGGCUGCGUGAAUGUGUCUGCCGAGGUUAGAAUAUGCAAGAUUAUUAUCAGUACACAAAG